CAGCACCAUCGCCUCAUGCUCAGAGGACAAGACGGUCAUCAUUUGGACACAGGUGACACACACACACACACACAUAUACACACAGCCCCCUAUAGACACCAAUCACUGCAUGUGUCUGUGUGUGUUAGGAGAUGGAGGGUCAGCCAUGGAAGAAGGCCCAGGUGAUCCAGCUGGACGGCCCCGUCAGGCGCGUCGACUGGUCCGUCUCCGGCAGCCUCCUCGCCGUGGCCUGCGCCGACAAGCAGGUGCUCCUCUACAAGGAGAACCUCCAGGGCAAGUGGGAGGAGAUGAUCACCAACCUCAGCCACACACAAGCGCCACCACCUCUACAGCAGCAGCAGCAUGGCCAGCCGGAGGAGCUCCUCCCGGCAGGUGUGCACAGGACAGCAAAGAAAGAAGUCACACACUCGUUGCUUCUCACUCUCCGUCAUCUUAUGUUUGUUGUAGCCCCGCCUGAAGGGUGGCUGCCGGGAGACGAGCGGAGGGUGCCCAUGUGGGCCUAUCUAAUGCGAGGCGAGAGGGACCUACGAGAUGGCGACACCGACGACCAAGCGGCUGGUAUAUGUGUGUGUGUGUGUGUGUGGUGGAGUGGAGUGCGGGAGAUUGUCUGUGUCCGUCCGCCUUGUUUGUUUUGUCUGACUGUAUGCAGCCCAUCGCAUGCAGCAGGUCCUGGUCUUCGGCGGCGUCAAGCAGCUGGUCUACGAGAGCCAAGACCACGGGGCGUCCGUCAAUGGGGUGGCCUGGGCGCCGUGCCAGUACGGGCCGUAUCUCGCUUCAGGUGAGCGACCAACACUCGGUGACCGACCGACAGAGAGAGGACAGGGAGAUCUGAUGACGCAUUCGUUUUCUUCUCUCUCUAUGUGUGUGUCGCAGCGUCGUCUGACGGCAAGAUCGGCAUUCUGCAUCACAGCCCCGCCGACCAGCAGUGGGUGCGCACCGAGUUCCACGCCCACACCAACGGUGUGAACGCCGUAUCCUGGGCCCCCAGCGGCCCCGCCACACAGGGGCCAUCACUCGGUCCCAUGAGGAUGGUCAGCGGCGGAGCCGACAACCAGGUGAGUGAAUGGGCGAUGGACGAGGGGAGGGAGGGAGACCACUGGUACAUUAUAGGUGUGUGGUGGGGUGUAUGUCGUGUGUGUGUUUAGGUGAAGCUGUGGCAGUACGACGACCGGUCCCAGAAGUGGGUCGAGCUCGCGGGCAUCGACGCGGAGAACGGCCACACUGACGUCAUCAGGGACGUGGCAUGGCGGCCCAACAUAGUGGGGGCCCCCAGCAGCACCAUCGCCUCAUGCUCAGAGGACAAGACGGUCAUCAUUUGGACACAG